AUCCGAUUACCUCACGCGAAUUCGAAUCGAAAGAAAGGGUCACAAAGCAAAAGGGGAAAAUGGCUCAGCUAGCCAGAAAUGCCGCUCGCCUACUCCCUCAAACGGCGCCGUUUAACCACCGCGCUGCCCUAGCUUCGAUCCACACCACCACCCCCUCCCUCGCCGCCGCUUCCUCCUCCACGCCGACGCCGUACUCGCCCUCCCUCCCACCGGCGGGCUCCUCCCCGCCGGGGAUGUCCAAGGCGGCGGAAUUCGUGAUCUCGAAGGUCGACGAUCUCAUGAACUAUGUCCGCCGCGGCUCCAUCUGGCCGAUGACGUUUGGGCUGGCCUGCUGCGCCGUGGAGAUGAUGCACACCGGCGCCGCGCGAUACGAUUUGGAUCGGUUCGGGAUUAUCUUCAGGCCGAGCCCUAGGCAGUCCGAUUGCAUGAUUGUCGCCGGCACUCUCACCAAUAAGAUGGCCCCUGCGCUCCGCAAAGUCUAUGACCAGAUGCCUGAGCCACGGUGGGUGAUCUCUAUGGGAAGCUGCGCAAACGGCGGUGGUUACUACCACUAUUCGUACUCUGUUGUCCGAGGUUGUGAUAGGAUUGUCCCCGUUGACAUCUACGUACCUGGCUGCCCACCCACUGCUGAGGCCCUCCUCUAUGGACUACUCCAGCUGCAGAAGAAGAUCAACAGGCGUAGAGAUUUCUAUCACUGGUGGACCAAAUAAACUCACAGCUUCGCUAUGCAUCUUCGAAUGCGAGCUCAUGCAAGGUGUAAUGGAACCACCAAGUGUAGCUUUGUCAAAAAAAUAAAUGCCAUCGCAAGGGAGAGACGUAAUCUGGUGUCACUGGUAUGUGUUCCUUGCUAAACUCACUCUUUUCUUUUUAAGUUACUUUGGAUCUAUGUACUGUUUUUGUGAUAUGUCAUCGAGUGGGAUUGUUAAGUGAUCAUAUCUGUAUUAACUUCAAGUAAAAUGCUUCAUUUGUGAGAUUGAUGUAUUGAAAAGUGAGCAUUGGUUUUAAAAAAGGUACUACUAUGAAAGUAUCUCCAAUAUAUUCAUGUUGACACAUGUAUACUCGUUUGAAGAUCCUAUUGUUACCGUAGGAAUUUCAAGUUUUGCUUCA